GUGUGGUCUUUGUAUUGAAGUUUCGGGCCUUUGGUAGUGUUCUAUUUUCUAUUUACUUAACCUAAACUCUAAAUGUCUGUUUUUAAUACUCCACUACUCCGUGAAUAGGAUUUGUGUGGAAUUUUAUGGACAGUAUAUCAUAACAAUAAAGGUUGGUCGUUAUUUAUUAAGUAAGUAAUAAAAACACAACAUUGACUAUUCUAAAUAUUACUGUAUGUGUCUACUUUAAAUUAGGCAUACCUACUAAUCGUGUUUUGAAGAGUAAUCGUAAAUUGGUGAAGAUUGAGAAAUCGAAAUCAAGAAAGUUACAAUGGCAAAGUUAGAGUUGUUGCAAUCAAUUAGCGGCCACAAGGGCAUAGUGUGGAAUGUAUCAUGGCAUCCUCUUGGAAAAAUAUUUGCGUCCUGUGGUGAAGAUAAAAUAAUCAAGUUAUGGGGGAAGGAAGGAGAAGCUUGGUCAAUGAAAACUGUAUUAGUGGACGGUCACCAGCGUACCAUUAGAGAAGUAGCAUGGUCUCCUUGUGGAAAUUUCUUAGCAUCAGCCAGUUUUGAUGGCACCACAGCCGUGUGGGAUAAAAAAAGUGGUCAAUUUGAAUGCAACGCCACUUUAGAAGGUCAUGAAAACGAAGUAAAGAGUGUUGCUUGGUCACCAUCAGGACAGUUGUUAGCAACUUGUGGCAGAGAUAAAUCUGUGUGGGUUUGGGAAGUUGCUGGAGAAGAUGAGUAUGUCUGUGAGGCUGUACUGAAUGCACACAAUCAAGAUGUGAAGAAAGUCGCAUGGCAUCCGUCCUCCGAUCUUUUAGCUUCAGCUUCAUAUGAUAACACUGUGAAGAUUUACAAGGAAGAUCAGAUGGACAGCGAUUGGACCUGCAUAGCAACAUUACAAUCACACGAAUCCACUGUGUGGAGCUUGGCAUUUGACAAGUCUGGCAAACGUUUGGCAACUUGUAGUGAUGAUCGGACAGUAAAAAUUUGGCAAGAAUAUGGCCCAGACAAUCAGGAGGGUGUCAACGUCGAAGAUAGAGAGUCAAUUUGGAAAUGUGUUUGUACUCUGUCGGGUUACCAUACAAGAUGCAUUUAUGAUAUCACUUGGUGCACCACAACAGGGCUCAUUGCCACCGCCUGUGGGGAUGAUAUCAUCAGAGUAUUUAAAGAAGCUGAUGAUUCAGAUCCUAGUGCACCUACUUUUGAUUUAAUUUACACAAAACUUGAUGCUCAUUCUCAAGAUGUGAAUUGUGUUAAAUGGAACCCAUUAGGGAAUCAAGAGCUUGCCUCGUGCAGUGACAAUGGUGAAAUUAAAAUAUGGAAAUUUACAGAACAGUAGUGAGGCCAGGGAAUGAAGCUUAUAUUUAUUAAGAAAUAAUUAUUUAGUUGACACUGUUUAAUCAAUGAAUUUUUGUAUAGAAUUGUUUUGUAAGAUUGUAUGUUAUUCUAUUACAAAUAAAUUGUAUUUGUUACUGUAAUACAGUUUAUUAUAAGUUUACACCCAGGUGUAAACUAGACGUUGAAUUUUCUAAAAUCAAUUAAAUUGGAUGAUUUGAAAUUAAAAA